AUGCAACUGCGGGAAAGGGGCGGGGUACUAGUGCAGCGCGCCUCCAUCCUCGGAAGCAUCCUGAUUCCCGCAGGCGACAUAGUCCAGCACCGCCACAAGCUGCUGCACAAGCUCCAGCCGCCAACGCAAAGCCGUCAGGAUGGGGUGGACUGCGUAAGCGGCACACCGUGGGCAGAUCGAUCCUCGGCCCUCGACGCGUCCUCACAGGUGGUAAAACAACGUUAA